AUGAGUCUACAGCCUCCGCAAAGGCCUCGGGUGUUGGCGAGCACGCCUCAUCUUUCCGUUCCUCAGUCGGUCUCCCCUGUGUCGUCUGCUGAGGGCGGGGGCAUUUCGCCUCUGCUCCCCCCUUUCCGGCACACGAGACCCACCUUGUCUCGACAUUCGACUACGUCGACCACACCGUCUAGGCAGCACCGUUCACCGUUCCUGACACCACGGACAGUAAACGUGAACAUGAUGCAGUCACCACACAACUCAAGGUUGCUUAUGCCUACGGUCCGCCCUCCUAAACAAUUACCCCAUACGUCACCAUCCUUCCGGAUAUCCUCCUCCAAGUCCUCACCAGCCAAAAUUGCCAGGUCGAGAGCAGGAUCGAUGGCACAGAGUCUCCAGACUUCACCGGAUCCAAGCGCCAGCCCCCAGAUCAAUGUAACUGUCGACUGGAUUGGUGGAGGGUGUCGCUUUGAGGUGGUUGAGGACUUUGUUGAGAUAGAGGGCUAUCAGCUUUACGCAGUAGAGAAAUGUGCAAGGGUUGUAGAACGGACACGUUCAGUGACGGUCCUGACGGUCUUCACCGGUGACCCUAAUCACAAAGUCACGAUGACGGCUCUGAGUCCUGCACCGUGGUUAAGUACCGUAGAAGCGCAGGCCGAAUGGGAGAAAGCUAUUCAUCAGCUGCGCCGAGACGGCGCACGUCCAAGAGAGACAGAGAAGGGCCUAGUCAUGGUCACCUCGCUGGCCAACUUCCGCUCUGACUACACUAUCGUGCGCAUACCUGGCGGAAAUUUCCUCGAGAUACGGGAAGGACUAUAUGCGAACAUCAAUGUCCUUCGUAUGGGCUGUAGCGGAAGGAGUGCCCUGACGCUUGAAGAACCGAGUGACACAACCAAGGACCGGUUUAUCUCAGCAUACCACCUACCCGACCAGGCUCUUAUAAGGUCCCCUGAGCUGUUCAAGUCCGUCGUGCUGGAGCUUGUCAAGCUAAUACAGGCCGCGCUAUCCGUAUUUGGCAUGUUUGACAUGGACCGCGAAGAGCGUAACGGUCUCCUAUGUGAUGUCACCUGCGAAGGCAUCCAACGCUGGGUUGCAGAAAUUGGCGAGCCGCUCAUGAAUGUUGAGCCGAUGGAACGAGUCGCGGAUCCCACUGUGGUUGCUGCCCUCUUCAGUAUGGUCAUGAUUCUGAGGAACAAGCUCCAUGUCAUGGGCUACGACGUGCCAAAAGAUCCCUUCAUCGACCCAUACAGCUUUAUCAAAUCUAUCACAAGCUUCGCCACCCCCAAGAUGCAUGGACACAACCAUUCUCUUUCCCUCCCGCAUCAUCUGGUCGCGUCCAACGUCGGUAUGUCCUCUUCGACAUCAAUCGCCACCUCCUUGCAGACCGCCUUCGUUAAUCGCAACAUCGUCGAGGCCAUCAGAGCCGCCUACGAAAAGGCGAGGCAGAACGAGUCGUACAAGGUGCACCGCGUGCUCAUCAGCAAGCUCGACGAUCUCGCGACAGACCUCCGGACGACUCCCGAGCCCGGCGGGGCAGCGAAAAGCCUUUUCGGCUGGGCAAACAGCCUCAAGCCGACGACAGACCUCGAGAAGUUCGUGCAGACGAUCACACAGAACCACAAGGUCGGCUGCAGCAGUCUGCGCUACCUCUGGGCGGGACGACCGGGGGAGGUCGAGCGAAAGCGCAAGGAGAAAGAGGCGAUUUGGAGCGAAGGCGAAGAGAAGGAGAGGGAGAAAGAGGCAGAGAAAGAGAGGUGCGAGAAGGACAUGAAGAGCUCGGAUGAUGAAGCGGACGACGGAAACGCACUGCCGUGGUCAGGCAGGGUCCAACGCAAGAUCGAGAACUGGGCGGCUCGAGGUCGACCGAAGAAGUACAGCCAAGACCUGGGCAGUCAAGGAAAGGCGACUGACUCGCCUGGGCGUGAUCAGGCAAUGCAAACCUCUCUUCUACCCUCAGUCGUGGUGUCAAGAGAAUUAGGGGACGAUGAUAAUCUGCUGACCAGUGGGCAAGCGUCUCCAGUGUCUGAUUCGAACUUCCGGACUCCUCUCAUAUCUGGGUAUGGUGAGAUGCCUCGAGCCAAACGCUCCACCGGGGAGCUCUCAGACUAUGAUCGUCGGGUCAGCGAGUUCAACCAACGGAAUCCCCCGGCGAAACUGUCUGGUCAGGCGCGCAUCGCCAGUUGGUCCGGCGCUCAGAUCUCACGAGGGGAUGACGAGUAUCGGGGCCGAUCGCGAAUACAACGACGAGGCGGAAGUCCAUUAGGCAAACCUGUUGAUGCGGCGGAGGCAUCGAGAAGCAAGGACAACGUUGCCGAGCAAGAUGAUUGGCCACGGCCGCGAGAACGAGACCUGACGGCCCUGAAGCGACAACGAAGCUCAGACGACGCAGACUUCCUGCGCGGCAAGAAGCCCCUGCCGAUGGACCUCAUGCGUCUCGACGUCGAGCUCUGCGGCCAGCUGCUCAUCAUGCGCCGGCGAGAGCAGCACCUUGCGAACGUCCUCUCGUGUCUCUCGGCGCUGACGACCAAGCUGUCCGAGUCGAACACCACGAUCCGGCAGGAGUACACGGCGAAGGCGACCGAGCUCGAGGCGCUCCACCAGCGCGCGAACGUCGUCCAGGACGUCGAGGCCGCGCGGGCGCGCGCAGACGCGAUGACGCAGGAGGCGCACGCGCUCGAGUACGAGUCCGCGCAGUUCCUCGUCGACGACCUCUGGCACAUGGCCGCCGCGCCGCGCAACAAGGUGCUCGCGAUGCGCGAGCGCGUCUUCGGCACGGGGCGGCGGCUGCCGCAGGGUGUGAGAGGCGCGCACGGGACCUUCAACCGCCUGCAGUGGACGCUCGACGGCGGCGGCCGGCUCGUCGACGUCCACGGCCGGACGGAGAGCGAGGCGGAGGAAGAGGAGGCUUUGCCGCCGAUUCGGCCGGUCGUACAUGAAGAGGAGGAGGUCGUCGAGCACGCGUCGCUCAAGCCGACGUGGCUGCUGAGGUUGUUCAACUACUGGGGGAGCAGGUGGGGUCCGAGGCGCGGCUCGUCGUUUGAGAAGGACAAAGACAAGGACAAGGGGAAGGAAGGAGGGAAUGGCACAGGACGCUCGGUGGAGGAGAAAGCAGACGGGACAUCCCCGGGGUCACCGAAGGAGUAUGCGAACGGGAGGAGGUCAUCGCUGUCCGGUUCUUCAUCGGGAUUUGAGCUGCGAUCUUCACUUGCGAGGAAUCAGACGACAUAG